AUGAUUGCUUUGCUGGUGACCCUUCUCACUGUUGGGUGUUUCCUGUUUCUGGGAGUCGGCUUGUGGGUUUUAGUGGAAGACUUGUGGAUUAUUGAAGUUCCUCGUGCCAUCAGCCAGCCAUUGAAGUUUCGGAUUCUGUGCUUUGCCUUCUACCUGUUACUGAAAUGGGGGAAUAUAUUGGAGAGGCUGAGAAUUUGCUCCAUGCCUCAUGUAUUCCAAUUUGUAUGUGAUCGAUUACCUAAGACAAAUGACCCUAACUUGAUGGUGACCAACAUGCGAUUUGGAACAAUUAAGGUGAGGCUGUACCAGCCCAAGGAGACCUCCUCCAGCCUCAGGAGGGGCAUUGUCUUCUACCAUGGAGGUGGCAUGGUGAUGGGCAGUCUGGAUUUUUACCACAAUGUGUGCAAUUUCCUGGCUCAGAAGUCAAACUCAGUGCUUCUCUCAGUGGGGUACCGCAAGCUUCCUGACUACCAUUUUCCUGUUGGUCACUCAGAUUGUCUGAAUGUCACCAUCCACUUCCUCAAGGCACUGAAAAUGUAUGGGGUGGAUCCCUCUCGGGUUGUGGUCUGUGGAGACAGCAUUGGAGGCGGGGCUGUGGCUCUUGUCACCCAGGCCUUGGGGGGCAGAACAGAUCUUCCAAAGCUCCGGGCUCAGAUCUUGAUUUACCCAGGUGUCCAGGCCAUCAAUCUGCAGUUACCAUCAUAUCAACAGAACAAAAAUGUCCCAUUUCUCACCAGAGAUUUCAUGUUUACAUGUUUCAGCCAAUAUUUUAGAGUUGACCCCUGCUGGAAAGAUGCCUUGUUGACAGGUGCUUGUAUUCCUGCAAUUAUGUGGGAGAAGUAUAAGAAAUGGGUGAGCUCUGACAAUCUCCCUGAAAGGUUCAGAAACAAAAACUACAAGCCUGAAUUUCACGCACCUUUUAAUGAGGCUGCCUAUCUGGAAAGCAGGCAACUUUUUGACGCAGGCAAUGCCCCCCUCCUGGUGGAGGACCAGGUUAUUGCUCAGGUUCCUGAGGCCCUCAUAGUGACCUGUGAGUGGGAUGUUCUCCGAGAUGAUGGCCUGCUGUAUAAGAAGCGCUUGGAAGACCAGGGGGUCCCUGUGAGCUGGUACCAUGCAGAAAACGGUUUUCAUGGAUGCUUGACAUUUCUUGAUGGGAUUUUUUCUUUCCCUUGUUCCCUGAACAUUGCAAAUGCUAUCAUCAACUAUCUCAAGAACAUAUGA